GGCGCGGGCGCCCCGGUGUACCUGGCGGCCGUGCUGGAGUACCUGACGGCCGAGAUCCUGGAGCUGGCGGGCAACGCGGCCCGCGACAACAAGAAGACGCGCAUCAUCCCCCGCCACCUGCAGCUGGCCAUCCGCAACGACGAGGAGCUCAACAAGCUGCUGGGCAAGGUGACGAUCGCGCAGGGCGGGGUGCUGCCCAACAUCCAGGCCGUGCUGCUGCCCAAGAAGACCGACAGCCACAAGGCGAAAGCCAAGUGA